UGACACGGAGGAGGCAGUGAACGCCUCUCCGAGCGGGACUGAGUGAUCGCGUCCGGGCGGAGGUAGGACAGAGGAGGAGGAGGAAGACUCUGUUCAACACUCAGACAGGACACACAGCGGUUCACCUGUUAACCCUGCAGAGUCGCAAUGGAGUCUCACAGACUGAGCUCCAUGCAGCAACACAGUCCCAGAGGCAGCCGGGAGAGCUUGUUUGGAGUCAGGGUGCAGGUCCAAGGGAUUAAAGGUCAACCGUACGUGGUUCUGAACAGUUCAGGCCAGGAGAGCCACCAGGACAUCUCUGUCAUCACUCACCAGGCGGGGUACAAUCCAGGCAUGGUCACGAGGUCUGCAGAUGAAAGACACUCUCCGUCUGAGUCACAAAGGACUGCAACCUCCUCCGGGUUUCAUUAUCAGAAACACCCGGAGAUUCUGAGACCUUACGACCCUGAAAGUAAUAACCUGAACCUGGUCAUUCCUUCAGCAGCUUCAGUCGCUCGACCUGGUCAGCUGAACGCCGGCCUACUUCCUGAGACAACCCAGACUGCUAAUGUGAGCAAACCCAGGAUCCCUCUGCCUGCUGAGGGCCCAGAGGGAGAACAGAGUGAGGUGGCCCAAAACAAGGCAUCUCCUUUAAGUCGACAGCUCCCUGCAAGGUCCCCAAACUCAGUGGAGACAGACUCUAUCUUAUCUGUAGGGAAGCUAAUAAGCCAGUUUAACAGCAGCCAGCGGAGGGGAAGGGGAGGCCCGAGGAACAGGUUGGACCCAGAGCAGUGUCGGAGGUCACGCAGCGUAGACAGUGGUCGAACUUCAGACUCCUCGUCCUCAUCGUCUUCCUCCAGCAGAGCCUCAUCUCUGAAGGGCAUCAGGGGCAAGACUCCAGGUGGGAUAUAUCCUCCCGGGUCAGCUAGGGCUCGACUCCUCAGCGGAGAGGCCUCUUUGGCAGGCAGGAGGGAGGAGAACAAGCCCAGCACACCGCUGAAAGCACAGAAUGGAAAAGAGACGACAUCUCCACAGACUCCAAAAGUAGGCCUACUUCAGAGAGCAGAGAAACGCUCCAGAUCAUGCAGUGACCAGACUGAUGACUCUGAUGAGAGAGAUACACAGCAGGAACUCUCAGUAGAUCCACCUGAAGACGCAGCAAAACAAAUACUCUUCACUUACCUCAAGGAUGGGACGACUGAUGAUGACUCCACAACUCAGAGGAAAGUCACCCUGCUGCUUGAAAGGGUCAACAAGGUCAAGUGGAAGACUGCUGAAAAUGUGGAGGAGGAGGCGGAUGAGAAAGAUUAUGCAGCUGAGGUGAAGCUGUUGCAGGAGAAACAGGCAGCGCAGGAGAAGGAAGUGUCUGACUUAAAGCACAAACUGGAAACUGAGAUUAAGAAUGAAAAGACUCUAGCCAAGGCUUGUGAGAAGGCCAGAGCAGAAAAGAAGAAACUUCAGGAAGAGUUGGACAAAAGUCAAGAAGAGCUCUGUGAACUCAGGGACAGACUGGCUUACAUCGAGGCACAACUUCAGUCUACCAAACAGGAGCUGACUCAGAUGAAGGUAGAGAGAGGGAGAUCUAAGACGGAGAUGAAAGACCUUCAGCAGCAGCUCUCUGAGAUGCACGAUGAGCUGGACCAAGUCAAGAAGGAAGAGGUGAUAAAUACAGAGAAAGAAGUCCUUCUAAAGGAUAUGGCACAGCUGCGUGCAGACUUUCAAGAGAUGCUACAGGUGAAGGAGGAGCAGGAGGAGGUGCUGCACCACAGGGAGAGGGAACUCAGUGCCCUGAAGGAGGCACUCAAAGAGGAGGUGGAGACUCACGAUAACUACAUGGGCGCUCUGAAGGAUGAAUAUGAAAAUGAGCUAGAAAAGCUGCUCAGGGAUUUAGAGCAGGCCAAAGAGAGUAAUGCCCUGCUGGGUCAGGAGAAGGUCAACGUAGAGGAGGAGAGCGGCGCAGCUAAGGUGCAGUUGAUGGAGCUGAGCCAGGAGAGAGAUCAGCUGAGAGGAAAGGUGCAGGAGUUGAACAACAAGGUGGAUCAGCUUAAUCAGGCCAUCCAGGAGUGUAAAACCACAGAGAGACUGCUGGAGCAGAGAGCAAAGCAGCUGGAGAGGGAAAAGCAGCAGGUUGAGGAAGCGUUGAAAGACGUGAGGAGGAACGAGGAGGAGAUGUGUCAGUCUAACCAAUUGCUGCUCACACGCUUGGAGGACGUGCAGAGUAAGUUGACCAAACUAAAUCAUGAGCACAGGGACCUCAAGGAGAAGCUCAAGGAGGAGAGGAAACAAACAGAGGAGCUGUGGAAGACAAAAACUGAACUGGAGGAUGAGAGGAGGCUGCAGGACAGGGCGGUGGAGCAACUGCAGAGGAAGAUGAACAGCAUCAUGGAGGAGUGCGAGGCGUCUACAGAUGUGCUUCAGAACCAGGUCGAUGAGGCCAGAGAGAAGAGUCAGAGGGAGUUGGACGAGCUGCGGAGACAGCUGCAGGAAAAGGGAGCAGAGCUGGAGAAAUCCCGACAGGCAGCCAAAAAACUGCAGGAAGAGCUGCUUCCUCUGGAGGAGGAUCUGCGCCAGUGUCGCAGGGAGCAGCAGGAGGCCCAGCUGAGGGGUCGGCAGCUGGAGCAGAGGGUGGAGGAGCUGGAGGACAGGAACGCAACCACGGUGGGAGACCGAGAGCGGCAGGUCAAACUCAUGGAGGGACGCAUCAGUCAACUCGAGGAAGAUCUUAAUGAUGAGCGUUGCAGUGCCGACCGCCUGAUGGAACGAUUAGACAAAACCAAAAUGCAGAUGGAUCAGAUGAGGACUGAGCUGAUGCAGGAGAGAGCAGUCCGGCAGGACCUGGAGUGUGACAAGAUAAGCCUGGAGAGACAGAAUAAAGACCUGAAAAGCAGAGUGACUCAUCUGGAAGGAUCACAGAGAACCAACCAGGAUUCACUCGUCUCAAAACUUAACACCCGCAUCCAGGAACUUGAGGAAAGGCUGCAAGGAGAAGAGAGAGACAACAGCAACCUGCAACAAGCAAACCGCAAGCUGGAGCGCAAAGUGAAGGAGAUGAAGAUGCAGGCGGACGAGGAACACAUCAACCUGCAGAGCGAGAGAGACCAGCUGACUCAGAGAGUGAAGACGGCGAAGAGGCAGAUGGAUGAGGCGGAGGAGGAGAUCGAGCGUUUGGAACACGCUAAAAAGAAGCUGCAGAGGGAACUGGAUGAGCAGAUCGAGGCCAACGAGCAGCUUCACAGCCAAUUGAGCUCACUGCGGAAUGAGAUGAGGCGUAAGAAGAAAUCGCCUCCUCUCAUUAAGGUCGCGGAGGACGAUGUGAACAACUUGGAUGACUUUGGAUCUGAUUGACCGACUGAUGCGUAAUUGAAAACAAAAAAACUGUCAUUUUUUGGACUUUAUUAAGGAACGUUGGACUUGACUGUGAAGAAUCCUUGAUAUCAUAAUUCAACGUAAUUCCAUUAACAGCUCAGGUGUGAUCUCAUUAUGUGUCCAGUUGGGAGCAGCAUGGCACCUUGCCAAGGCUGACCUCUAGUGGCAACAUGUAUAACUACAAUACCUGACAAACUGAUGUUUUUACUAUGCAACAGACAAACUGGCCUAUGUACCUGCACUCUAAUUAAUGAAUUUGUUCCUUAAGUUAUUCCUUUGCAAUGUAAGUUGAUAUGAUGUAAACUGCAAACUAAUGAAAUUUAUUAAAAUGUGUUUCCAACA